AUUGUAUUGGGGCUAUUAAAAGAAACAAAUAGGGCAACCGACAUGUCGCUAACUUCUUCUCUAAUAGUUUUGCACAUAAACCAUGUUAGGCUGAUUAAGAUUGUUGAGCAGUGAAUGCUAUCUUUGAUACUCCAUUCUCCCUCACCUGUUCACAUUAUUCCCCUUUCAUAUCUAUAAAUUCACAAUCCACCAUCACCAUUCCAUAGCUGUGCCUUCCAUUUAAUAUAAACCAAAGAAUCAUAGUCCAAACCCCACCAAAUUUUCUGAAAAUAAUUAUUAAAAUAGGGGCAAAAAUGGAGUCCCAAGGUUCCAUGUCCAUCAAGCUUUUACUACUUCUGUAUUUGUCGGUUCUCUGUGUUUCACAGGAUUUCGAUUUCUACUACUUUGUUCAGCAGUGGCCUGGAUCAUACUGUGACACACAAAACAGCUGUUGCUACCCAACAACUGGGAAACCCGCUGCAGAUUUUGGCAUUCAUGGGCUUUGGCCUAAUAACAAAGAUGGCUCUUACCCGUCUAACUGUGAUCCUAACAAUCGUUUUCAGCAAUCUCAGAUAUCAGACCUCACGAGCAGCUUGCAGAGGAAUUGGCCAACGCUAGCAUGCCCAAGUGGCAAUGGGAUCCAAUUCUGGACCCACGAAUGGGAGAAGCAUGGCACUUGCUCCGAGUCAAUCCUCAAGCAACAUGACUAUUUUGAAGCAGCUCUCAAUUUGAAGCAAAGAGCUAACCUCCUCCGAGCACUUACAAAUGCAGGGAUCCAACCAGAUGGGGAGUCUUACAGCCUAAGCAGCAUCAAGGGAGCUAUAAAAGAUGCAAUUGGUUAUACUCCAUAUAUCGAGUGCAAUGUGGACUCUUCACGUAACAACCAGCUUUAUCAAGUUUACUUGUGUGUGGACACCUCUGGAGCUGACUUCAUCGAAUGCCCUGUGUUCCCUAAAGGCAAAUGUGGAUCGCAAAUUGAGUUCCCAUCAUUCUAGUACUGGGGAAUUAGUAGCGUUGUCGAGUCUCGUUGAUCACGUUCCCCUUCAUGUUCUUCUGCUCAUUUUUUCUUACAAUAAUUUUGUAGUGUCUUGUAGUUGUGAUUCUUCUCAUAAUCUUUACGCCAGUAGUCACCAAUUUUACCAGUGCC